CGUAUUGUACUGCAUUGGAAUUUGUUUCGAGGGAUAUCUAUACACACAAUAUUUUGGUGAAUGUUGCGUUGGGCAAGUUGGUUCUUAUUUAUUGGCUCCUGUUUGACCAUAUGGUGGUCAGGAAAGGAACAUAUUCAAUACACAUUGAAAGGCGUUUCAAAUACGGAAAGACGACCUUCCUUCUGUGAACAGCUCUGCUCUAUUCCAGGUUAUCAAAGCGUGUACGUAGAGUGGAACGAAUGGUCCAAGUUGACACAAAAGGAAAAUAUUUCAAGUGGUCCCCUCAUUGUACUAUUUUAUUUGCCAACUUGUUCUUUUUCACGUAACUUUUGGCCAAAGAUUGAAGCUUUGGCUAGGGCGUUUCCUUCUGCUUGUGUGGUUACUAUUCGUACAGGUUGGGAGACACCACGUUUAAAAAACCACGUCGUGUAUUCAUUCCCUACUUUAUUCAUUUCAAAGGACGGACAUCACUUUCAUCGAUAUCAAGGAGAACGUGAUUGGGUUCCUCUUUUGAACACAACACAAAAUCUACUGGAGAAGAAAGCUAUUCAAACAACUCUCUACUGGCCUAUCACUUUGCCUGGAGAACUCUUCUCAGUUAACCCUCAUAUGCAGUAUAUGAAACACUUGUUCAUUUUCGCAAUUUGGUUAGGUGCUAUAAUAAUGAAAUGGCCUUUUAGGCGGAAUCGAGACUCAAAUAUCAAUACCUGGGAACAUUAUUUACUAUAGAAAACUAUUACCUAAAUAACUAUGAUGAAAAGUUCAUACGAAAAAGUCGGGUAUAAUAUGUUGUAUUUCAGCUUGUUUGUUUCCAGAUAAUCGAGUUUUGUUUUCCCGAACGAGUUUGAUCCACUCUAAUAAGGAUACCUCUUGGAACAUCGCCGUAAAAGACAGUUUCGAUAGGGAAGUUUCUUGAUACUUCUCAGUAAUCUGCCUCAGCUGAGAAACUCGUGUUUUCCAUUCCGUGUAAAUAAUUUGCAACUCCGUUUGAAAACGGAAACCCAACGCCAGGAGCUUUUCAAUCUUUUCCAUUUCCAGUUGAUUUUCUUUAAACAAUAUUCGUUGUUGUCGACACCAGUUGGUCAAAGAAGGAUUCUCAUACCAAGCAAUACUACAAUGUCCGUGUUUCGAACAAUACUUUGCCAACGCAUCCAACUGUGUUUCCCAAUGCUUUG